AUGAGCAAAACACCCCCGCAUUCGGGUUCUUUCCUGGCAGACAUCCCCAACUAUAUCAAGCCAUUUCCUCCAUCACUAGAAGUGGAAGACCUUGACUACCUCCAGAAGAAAGGGGUUUUUGCAUUGCCAGACUCGGAUGUCCAAGACGCAUGCUUGAGAUCUUAUUUCAAACAUAUCCAUCCAAUAUACCCGGUUAUAGAUCCGGUUACAGUUACCCCGAUGCUCAAAGACGGGAACAAAAAGAAGGAAAAGAUGAGUCUCUUACUCAUCUAUGCGAUUAUAUUCGUUGGUAGUACCUGGAUCGAUAUCAAACUGCUGCGCAAGCUUGGGUUCCUAUCGCGUCGGGUGUUUCGAAAAUCUAUCCAUAAAAAGAUGCGCUUACUUUACGAUGCUGAUUAUGAAACUGACAGGUUAUGCCUGAUACAAGUCUUCAUUCUAUGGACCUUCUGGUUUGAGGGUCCAAAUGAGAAUAAAGACGGCUGGCAUUGGAUAGGGGUAGCGUUGUCGCUAUCCCGAGUAAUUGGUUUGCAUCAAGCCUCGCUUGAUGCAGCGGGCACCAAGUCGUCAAUCAAUCGCUUCCGCAGACGGCUAUGGUGGUGUCUUGCAACUCGCGAUGUCAUCUGCUCGUUCGCUCUGAGUCGCUGUCCGAGGAUUACAGACAUCAGCCAUAAUGUUAGCAUGAUUGGGAUUGAGGAUUUCGACUUCAAUCCGAUGCCCGCCAUCAUUCAAAUGUCCAAUUCUCAGAGUCUCUGUCAGCAACAAACUCUCGCUCGAAUCUGUGUGCAUUAUUUUAAGCUUGUCAGCAUCUUUGGGAAGAUUUGUAAAGCUGCGUACCCUGAAUCUGGCUCGGGCAAAAGUUCCGUUCUGUAUUCCAGUGAGCAGUUAGAGGGGAUGGACAGCAUCGGCGGUGACAGAAAUCUUUCGGUGGCUAAUCAGCUAAAAAUGUUUCAAGCUCAACUCGAUCAAUGGAGGAGAGAAGUCCCCGAUGAUCUAUGGCACGACUCAAACUUGCUGUCAAACCUCGAUGGGGCUGAAAGAGUUGAACAAGUUCAUCGAGGACUACUAUCAAUGAUGUAUUACGCGACGGUGAUGAUAUUGCAUCGGCCGCAAAUGGGUGCAAUGAAUACAACAGGGCACUCGGUCAACAUUACGCAGAGCACCGUGCCAGAUCCCCCUCGAGUCCUAGUUAGGUUUGCCGCCAUGCAGAUGACCCAAAUUGCCAUGGAUUUCUACCAAGAAGACCUUGUCGAAUCACUUGCCGCAACUUGUAUUAGCUGCUUGAUUCUCGCCAGCAUUAGUCAUAUUUUUGACAUAAUGUCUGUUGAACAAGUGGUACAAUCCGAGGCGCGCAAGAAACUGGAGCAAUGCCGGGCGAUCUUCCAUGCAUUUGCAGAUCAACAGGCCGGAGGGCUAUGGGGACUUGGAGUUAUCGACUAUAUUAUGUUUCGUUUAAAACAUCAACAAUUCCACCGCAAGAUUGACGUGACGCCUUUCCAGGGUAACUCCAACAGCCUCAGUCUGGAAAGGAGCAAUGAAGCUUCGAUCAGCGACGAUGUCAAUGCUCAAGAUCAACUACACACAAAUCAUAUCCUGGCUACAACCGAUAGCUCGAGAAAGCAAGACACGGAGGGCUUCAGCAACGGAAGUUCAAGCACGUCCCACAUACCAGUGUUUCCCUCGCCACGCCAGCCAUUCGGCUUUAACGAGUCCUUCUUGCCUGGACUGAGUUUGGACCAGCCGUUGCCUGAUAAUUUGAUGAGUUUUCUAGGCCCGGAUAUUGCCUGGCUCGAGUUUCCGAACCCCUGUGAGACCUUAGAUGUCAUGAGCUGGAGCGGGACUGGUGGAGGUUGA